ACAUAUGAGAUUGGUAAAUAAGGGAUCUUUCGCCAUCGCAAAUUAAUAAUUUGAUUGAUUCCAACGUAAAUUUUAUUGUGUUCGGAAAGUUUAAUACGGAAAUAAGUAUAAUUUGUGGUGAGAAUAGUUGCGGAAAGCCCGAAAAUUUGUUGGUUCAGUGUAUAAUUAUCUCGGCAGUAUAAUAUCGGUUACCUGGUUUCCUGAAAAUCAAUUAGGUCCCAAAUUAACGUUCCCGUUGACUGCGAAAAAUAUUUUCGACCAAGCCGGCGGGAUCCGCACUGAUGAUUGUUGACAAACUCCUCGUCGGGGCCGACCUUGAAAUCGUUGACAGAUCGCUCGCGAGAUCCAUCAGAAGAGUCGCGCACUCACCCGCGUCUCUCCCUCCCCUCUUCCAGUGCUCUUGCAUGUCACGCACGCACGACGCAACAAAUCAACCCCCUUCACCCCCUUGACCUUAGCCAGAUCCACAAACUAGCCCAGACGGACAAGAUUCAAAAAAUCGAUUUUUCUGUUUUGCGCGACAACUUUCAGUGCUGAGUGAAAUAAAGUUUCUUUUCGGGCAAAAAGUGAUCAAAUUGAAUGCUCACGCUCUAGAAUGGACCGUUAAAUGGGCGUGAAGUGAAAACCAGUUUGGUGAAAGCAUUAUUACGAAUCCCCGGAGAAAAAUCCUCUGAACGGAAAACGGAAGAUGAGCAGCGAUGAGGAAGUUCUGGUAGGCGAACUCAAAGUGGUGUACGAUUUUGUAACGCGGGCCAAAUUUCGGAAGGCAUUUGGCGCCCUGCAGAAGAUUCUGCAGCAAAAAACACCGGAACUGGCGGAGGCACCAACGAGAGCCGCAAGCACCGCGGACAAGGACUCCCUGGAGGAACUGCUCCUGUUUGUGGUCAGCAAGUACGCCGAUCAGUUGGAGCUGGAGGAAAAGUUCCAGCAGGUGUUUGAGGUCAUCGAGCAGGGGCUGGAACUGUUCCCGGAGCAUCCGGAGCUGCUGAACGAAACCGGAGUGAGACUGCAACGCUAUGGCCGUUCGCUGGAAGCAUCGAUCUGCUUCGAGCGAGUCUUGCUGCAGGAGCCCAAAUACCUGAAAGCAUAUCAAAAUCUCCAGAACACCAAAUGUGAGCUGGUCGAGCGAUGGCAUUUCCGGAUGUUGAACGACGAGGUGCGCAACGCUGCCUAUCGUGCGGCCAUCCAGAACCAAAUCAAGGCCGGUCACGCCGAGGUGCUGGACAUCGGGACCGGAACCGGCCUGCUGUCGCUGUAUGCACUGAACUGCGACGGGAUCCGGAAGGUGGCCGCUUGCGAUGGUUCGGAGAUUAUGGUGCAGAUCGCGCGAGAUGUCUUCGGGGCGAACGGGCUCAGUGAUCGCAUAUGUCUGUUCCAGAGCUUCUCGCAGGAUUUGAAGAUCGGCGACAAGUUUUCGUUGAUUGUGACGGAAACGCUGGAUUCGGGGGCAUUUGGGGAGGGAAUCUUGGAGACGUUGAUACACGCGAAGAAGAGUCUUCUGCUACCAGAAGGGAGGAUCAUUCCUAGUCAGGUAAUCUUGUACGUGUCCGGCUACAGGUCACGUGCACUAACCGCAAGCAAUAUUCUGAUCAACGAAGCUUUUAGCAGUGAUUUUAAUCUACCGAGCAAUUGCUUGAUUUCACGCGAGGGAAUCAAGUGCUACGAUGCGGAGGAUGUAAGUAGAAUUAAGGCAAACGACGACUUUGACUUCGUUACGGAUACAGUCUGUACGAUGACGGUCGAUUUUAAUGAUCUCGAGUGCUUGGAAAGAUGCCAGGAUGGCCUGGAAGAGUGCAAAUUUGAAUUAACCUGUCUGGAGGAUGGCAUUUUGGAUGGAUUUGUGGUUUGGUUCGAUCUGAUGUUGGACGAAGAGAACAAAAUCAGCACCGAUCCAACAACCAACACGUGUUGGAAUCAAGCAAUAUUUAAACUGAAUCAAAGGCUCCCUGUCACCAAGGAUCAACAACUAUCCUUGGCAAUGUCCUGCAAGGAUGGAGCCUUAGCCAUAUCCCACAAUCUCAAUUCCAUGGAUAAUCAAAUCUGUAUCGAUGAGCACGUGUUGGAGUUUCUCAAUGACUCUGAGUAUUACACAAAACUAAUCAGUGAUAUAGAAACUCUCGAUGAUCUGGAGAAGGUACUCGAUUUAUCUCUUUUCCCAUAUGCGGGAUUGAAACUACUCAAGGAGGGAAAAACCUCUAUGCUAUUCUGCUUGGAUCGAGCAGAAGAUCUGAUUGAAUUCAUUGCCAAUCAAAACGACAUUCCAAUGUCUGCCAUAAUGCUGCUGAGCUCCCUACCCGAAGCAUUCCUUCUCAACGAUUACACUCUGGAUCUAAUCAUUCUUCAACCAGUAGAUGUAUUCGGUCAAAUCAACAGCGAACACUUCUGCCAAUAUCAGUCCCUCUUCCCAAAACUCAAACCCACCGGAUCGAUUGUCCCUUCCCAAGUGGAGCUCAUCGGCAGUCUAAUCCAUUCCGAUUGGAUCGUCAAGUGCUGCCGCGUGGAGAACCCGGAACUGCACCAGUUCCACAUCGAUCGCUAUCUGUCCACUUUGGAGACAGAGAACCACCUGGAUCUAGGUCCUUUCACCUUCUCCAACCUUUCCGAACCGAUCAAACUGGCCGAGGUGCACUUCGACGGGAAGCUUCACGAGGUGGACACGGAAUUGACGCUGGUCGAACCUACAGAUCCAAAACAUAUCCAUGCCAUAUUGUAUUACUAUCAGAUCGAAUUUCUGCCGCAGAAGGAGUCGCUCAGCACCCGUAGGGCGCAGAGUUUCGCCAAGCAGUCGGCGUUUAUCAUUCCGAAAGAUGCAUUCCAACGUACAGUGACAACAGGGGAAGGAGAACCAGAAGGCGAUGAGAAUCAAGGCAAAGUGGACAAAGUCAGUAUCAAUAUAGUGCAGAAUCAUGGUGUGAUCAAGUGUGAUCUUCUUGAUUGUCAGUAGGAACAAUGUUCUAUAUACAUUAAUAUUAUUAUAUACAGUACAUACCUAUAUACAGCGUAGCGUAGAUAUUAUUAUUACCAACAAUGGCACUUCUUUGCAACAGAUGAUUGAAAACUUUGAGUCCAUGACCAGAGGAAGAGAAUUGAAUUAGUCAUUUAGUGAUGCAACAACCAUACCCAAGCAACACAUACACUUUCCGAGGACCCUACCUAGAGUACCUGUAGUAUUGCAGAACAGAAA